AUGCCAGAACGCAGCGAAAGAUCAGCAGAGGUUGCUGCGGAGCAAUUGGCACUCGAUAUUGCAGCAAAAGCUUUUUGCCGAGUUGCUAUUCCUACGCUACUAGCACCGUUGGAACUUAUCGAAGAUCUCAUUCCGUUUGUCAGUUGGAUCUUAGAUGCUGUUGAGAUCGCAGCCACUCCAAAACUGAUUCAGCUUUGCGUUAAGGGCAUCGAGAAAGAAGGAAAGCUGAGUUCAAAGUCUUCGGAAAGGAAAAGUCUUUGUCCUUGGCAACUAAGACGAAGCCCAUCUCUACGAGGCCGCCGUCUUCUAGCCACAGCCCGCUAUCUACAAGCUCUGCUAACUGCAAACGAGCGGAUAGAGACAACAAUUGCGGCAGACCAUAGCGUGACGGUCCCCCCAUCUACAAGAGUACCGCGUCGACAACUAUCGAGCCAGCCCCGAAUGUUUCAACCUGCCGUAGUGGAGAUUGGCCACAGCCGUAGUAGAGGGAAUCCGAAUCGUCCAUGGAGAAACCAGUGGUAUAACGAUCAUAACGCAGAGUGGUUCAACAGCUUCAUGCAGCAAAGGGCCGGCAACCUCCCUGUCUACAGAAGCGACGAGAGAUACGUUAGCGAUCGCGUAGUAGGAGGUCUCAAAAGAAGAGUCACUCAUUAUUAUGCGCGAACCACCUGCAGCGUGGUCAGAAUUGAUUUUGGCCAUAAUGUUGUAGAUCCGGACGGUGUCAUGGGUCUGCAAAACAAUCCUUGCUGGCCGGAAGUGCCUCUAGAAGAUCCUGGUUUUGCAUUGCUCACAGAUGACCCAUAUUACGCUGGUUAUCAAGAUGCUCAGCGGUAUGGCAAGGCCAAUUAUCCGGGCCUCAUUCCAGCAGAUGUUCUGGGUAACAAUGUAGCCCAAGCAGGGUUCAGAAAACGCAAUGAGGAUUCCCACGACUUGGACCCCGAUGCCUGGAUAGUCGAUGAGGGGAACACUACUCGACGUGUCACGGAUGCCGAGUUGCAGGAAGAGUUGGGUAUCGACACAGCAGUUGCUGCGCAGCCCAAGGAGACAGGAUAUCCUAAAGUGGUACCAACUGCGAUAGCAUCCACAACACACUUGACGGUAGAGGUUGUCGCUACUCCAGUGGCCGGCGCUUCCGCUGUGAGUGGUGCUAGUGCUCAGGGGAUACUUAUGCAGCCACAGGCGACAGGUAUGAACGCGCUGACAGACUGUGUCUGA